GCCAGGGAAGCUCCCUCGCUUUCUCAACGCACAUUUUAUUACCAACCUCCUGCGUAUAAAUGCUAGAGAAGCUGAAGCCCGUCGUCCAGCUCGACUCGGUGAUGGCGAUCAGCAAGACGGCCGGCUGGCUCCGGGAGCAGCUGGAGACGCGCCGGGACGCGCUGCUGGUGAUGGACUGCCGGGCCCAGGAGCUGUACGAGUCGGCACACGUUGAGACGUCCAUCAACGUGGCCAUCCCCAGCCUCAUGCUCCGGCGGCUGAAGAAGGGCAACCUGCCCGUUCGCUCGCUGCUCUCCGACGGGGAGGACCGGGAGAGGUUCGUGCGCCGCUGCCGGACCGACACGAUCGUGAUGUACGACGAGUACAGCCGCGAGUGGAACGAGAACGUGGACGGCGGCUCGGUGCUGGGUCUGCUGCUGAGGAGGAUGAAGGACGAGGGCUACAAGGCCUACUAUCUGGAGGGUGGCUUCAGUAAAUUCCUCGCCGAGUAUCCGACUAUGUGCGAAACCAAGUUGGACGGCUCCUCCACCAGCAGCUCCCCCACCGCCCAGGUGCUGGGCCUCGGCGGGCUGCGCAUCAGCUCCGACUCCUCGGACAUCGAGUCGGACAUCGACCGGGACCCGAGCAGCGCCACGGACUCGGACGGCAGCCCGCUGUCCAACCCGCAGCCCUGCUUCCCCGUGGAGAUCCUGCCGCACCUCUACCUGGGCUGCGCCAAGGACUCCACCAACCUGGACGUGCUGGAGGAGUACGGCAUCAAGUACAUCCUCAACGUCACCCCCAACCUGCCCAACCUCUUCGAGAACGCCGGGGAGUUUAAGUACAAGCAGAUCCCCAUCUCGGACCACUGGAGCCAGAACCUCUCGCAGUUCUUCCCCGAGGCCAUCAGCUUCAUUGAUGAAGCUCGAGGCCAGAAGUGUGGUGUCCUGGUCCACUGCCUGGCCGGCAUCAGCCGCUCAGUGACAGUUACAGUGGCCUACCUGAUGCAGAAACUAAACCUGUCCAUGAACGACGCCUAUGACAUUGUCAAGAUGAAAAAAUCGAACAUCUCACCCAACUUCAAUUUCAUGGGCCAGCUCUUGGACUUUGAGCGCACGCUGGGCCUGAAAAGCCCGUGCGACAACCGCAUGGCUGCGCCGAGCCAGCAGCUCUACUUCACCACUCCGACCAACCACAACGUUUUCCAGCUGGACCCCCUGGAGUCCACGUGAGGUCGGCUGUUGCCACCUCUGUCGCUGCUGGAGGUUUUGUGAGCCUCCUGUUGGAAAAGCUACAAAAAGUUUCUCUUUUUCCUGUCGUCUGCUGUGCGACAAGGCUCUUGACGCUAUUGAUACAGCUGGUUGGAGAUGACAGCUGCUGAGCGCGGUAACUGGAGGGCCAAAGCUGUCUGGACAAGAUGCAGCUGCUGUCGACUAAAUGAGGAGAGACAGUAAAAGAGACACAAAAGAGGAAGAGAGUUGAUUAAAGAGUGCAGAUACGUUCUAUAAUCCUAUAUCGUUGUUGGAUUCCCGAUGUCGUCUAUCUUUGCUAUCAUUGUGUCUGAGGAAACUAAAGGUGAUUUGUCGGGACAGCUGUGCGUUAUGCUUCAAAGUUCCUAGGCUGGUGUGCCAAAGAUACACGAUUGUUCAGACUGGACAGAUAUACAAAUGAAAGUCUUUUUUUAUGUUUGUUUUGGGGUCUAAUGUUGGUUUCCCCAUGACUUCAGGGUGCAUUGUCUCCUUUGUCUUCUGUGAAGACUUGCCUGUGUGGGGCCGAAACACCCCAGCUUUAGAUGGCACACAUACUGGACUCGAUUUUACAUUUGUGGAUUAUUUUCAAACAUUUAUACAUUGUGUAUAUAUCUUAAUAUAAAACAAUACGGUUAAAGCCUUGCUCUAGUGUAUACCCUUUGCAACAAUUGGGUACUGAAGAUUCUUUGUUUCAUAUUCUAAUUUUAUGUAAGCAAACAAACUGCAUAUUAAUCAGUAUGUAAGUUUAUUAUGCCAAAAAUCAAGUAGGCUCUCUGAGAAUUAUGGAAAAAUGUGUACAUGUGUAAUAUAUUUGAGAAUCGCUUUAUGUGUGAAUUCAGCCGAUCGGCCUUGUUUUUUGCACCCACCCUAUCACAAAUCAAAGUCACCAGGGUUGUUUGCCUUACUUUUGUGCUCAGAAGGUUUUUUAGUGCAUUACCCUACAGAGAAAUGUUCUCAACUCUAUGGGAUACCAGAAUUCAUUUUCUCACAAUUUUCACACAACAAAUAAACCAAAUCUUGCAGUUAAAAUAGUAGCAGUUUUUAAUUUGGCACCACACUAAAGCUAGCUUGACUAGUCCAAGACAACUAUGUUGCCCGGAUCUCUGAAGGUUAAUGUGACUAAUCCCAAUCUGUGCACAAGUGUUAAAAGUCACUGACAUGUGGACUACGCACGAGGCUUUGCUAGCCUAGCCUCUUCAGGGAAACGUCUGUGAAAUGCAUUUUAAUUUGUCAAGAUGAGAGAAGAAUCCAGAGCUCAGGAGGGUUGUGUUGCCCCCUCCAAAGACAAGGCCACUUGCCGGAGGAUGCCAACCUGGUGACCUCCGUCACCCCAUCCACCCUACACACUCCUCUCUUACGAAUGUAAAGAAAUGAUAAGUUAUUAAUAAAUUGCUAUUUUGUCUACACUCUC